AUGAAGCUGUUUGUUUGCCUGUUGAUUGCCUGUGUAAGCCUCGCCCAAGGCGGCUUCCUUGGUGGAGGCGGCGGUGGCGGUGGCGGUGGAGGAGGAGGAGGCGGUGGCUGGUCCUCUGGAGGUGGAGGUGGAGGUGGUGGCUGGUCUUCAGGCGGCGGCGGUGGUGGCUACUCUGGCGGUCAUGGCGGUGGAGGUGGAGGCGGUGGUCACGGACAUGGCGGUGGAGGCGGAGGCGGCGGCGGUGGCUUUGAUCAUGGCCAUGGACACGCUCAUGGCGGUGGCUUUGAUCAUGGUCAUGCUGGCGGCGAAGUCAAGAUUGUCAAAGUGAUUCACGAAGAAGGACACGGACAUGGCGGCGGCGGCGGCGGCGGUGGUGGCUUCGAUCAUGGCCACGCUCAUGGCGGUGGCUUCGAUCAUGGACAUGGCGGUGGUUUUAGUGGCGGACACGAUGCUGGCUUCUCGCAUGGCGGCGGUCACAGUCAUGGCGGUGGCUUCUCUCAUGGCGGUGGAUUCUCCCAUGGCGGUGGCUUCUCUCAUGGCGGCGGAGCUGGCGGUGAAGUGAGCGUGGUCAAGGUGAUUCAUGAAGAGGGCGGACAUGGACACGAUCAUGGACACGAUCAUGGACACGGUCAUGGCGGACACGAUGCGCACUUUGGCGGUGGCUUCGGAGGCGGUGGCCACCAGGCGGAGGAUGUCAAGAUCAUCAGUGUGAUUAGCGAAGAUGCUGGCGCUGGAGGCGCAUCUUUUGGUGGCGGCUCCGGUGGUGGCUGGUCAGCUGGUGGCGGUGGCGGUGCCGGUGGCUGCCGUUACGAUCUCCGCACUGACACUGAGCCGAAUACUCUGAGUAGAGAGCUAAAGGCGGGUGUGAAGAUAAGCUAUCGAAGGGAGAGGGAAGUAUUCGUUUGUCUGCUCGCUGCAUGCAGCAUGGCCCACGCCGGCUUCCUCGGCGCUCUUAGCGGAGGUGGAGGAGGCGGUGGUGGAGGCGGUGGCUGGUCCUCUGGCGGUGGCGGUGGAGGCUGGUCUUCGGGCGGCGGCGGUGGCGGCUACUCUGGCGGCCAUGGCGGUGGCUACUCUGGCGGUGGCCAUGGCGGUGGCGGUGGAGGUGGCGCUGUCAAGAUCAUCAAGGUCAUCUCUGAAGGCGGCGGCGGCGGUGGUUAUGGCGGUGGUGGCGGCUACGGCGGCGGCGGUGGCUACAGCGGUGGCAGUGCUGGCUGGUCAGCUGGCGGUGGCGGCGGCGGUUACUCCGGCGGUGGCGGCUAUGGCGGCGGUGGUUAUGGCGGUGGUCAUGGCGGUGGCGGUGCCAGCACUGUCAAGAUUGUCAAGGUCAUCUCUGAUGCUGGCGCCGGAGGCGGAGCUGGCGGCUAUGGCGGUAGUUAUGGAGGCGGUUAUGGCGGUGGUCACAGCUCUGGCGGUUGGUCUUCUGGCGGCGGUGGUGGUGGCUACUCUGGCGGUCAUGGCGGUGGCUACUCUGGCGGCAGCUCCGGCAGCGUUCAAAUCGUCAAGGUGAUCUCUGAGGCUGGCGCUGGAGGCGGAGCUGGCGGCUAUGGCGGUGGCUAUGGAGGCAGCAGCGGAGGCGGCGGUGGCUGGGCACCUCAGGGUGGUUGGGCCUCCAGUGGCUGGUAAGCAGCCGAGACUGUCAUAACUGUUGUUUUUCCUACCACUUUUAUUUUUUGUUUUGUUUGUUUUAUUGUUAAGCUCUCAAAUUGUAAAUACUCAUUAAGACAAAACACAACA